AUGGAGAAAACUACGACCGACAGUGUGGAUAACAAUAAGGAGUAUCGCAAAGGCCAAAAACUGAUUCUGAUAUCGGUUGCCAUUUGCUGCACCAUAUUUCUGAUCUCUCUCGAUUUCUCAAUCAUUGCCACCGCCAUCCCUGCCAUUACCAGCGAAUUCUCUAGUUUGAAUGACGUGGGAUGGUAUGGAAGUGCGUAUCUUCUGACGACGGUGUCCUCACAGCUGCUCGUUGGGAAGUUUUACACAAUCUUCAGCAUCAAAUGGGUUUUCCUGAUCUCACUACUCAUAUUUUGCAUUGGAAGUGCCAUCUGUGGCGCCGCGCCAAAUUCGGUUGCCCUUAUACUUGGCCGUGCCAUUGCGGGAUGCGGCAACGCGGGCUUGCUGUCAGGAGCAUUGCUCAUCAUGGCCCAUAGCGUGCCCUUGGCACUCCGUCCUUUGUUCACCGCUAUUACUGGAGGUCUAUAUGGCGUGGCCGCCAUUGCUGGCCCUCCUUUGGGUGGUGUCUUUACAGAUAGGAUUUCAUGGAGGUGGUGUUUUUACAUAAACUUACCUAUUGGGGCCAUCGUUUUCCUAGUCGUCGCCAGCGUCUUCCGAUCACCUCCUACACCUCAUCGUCCCAAACCAACAUCGUCGUGGGACCGCAUAAAACCCUUUGAUCCGGUCGGUACUAUCCUCUUUAUGCCGGCGAUUGUUUGUUUGCUCCUUGCUCUUCAAUGGGGUGGCUCUACGUAUCCUUGGGAAGAUGCCAGAGUAAUUUCUCUCUUCGUGCUGUCUGGAGUUCUCAUCAUAAUCUUUCUCCGUGUGCAGUGCUUGAUGGGCAAUGACGCCACAGUUCCUCCGCGCAUUAUAAAACUUCGCACCAUAUGGUCCUGUGCACUCUACCAGUUCAGCCUCGGUGCCUGCUUCUUCAUAUUCAUCUAUUAUAUCCCCAUCUGGUUCCAAGCGGUGCAGGGUGUGAGCGCCAUUGAGUCUGGCAAGCGCACGCUGCCCAUGCUAAUUGGAAAUAUGGUCGGAACAACGAUGGCAGGUGUAGCAGUGACUAUUCUCGGCUACUAUGCACCAUUCAUGAUUAUCGCCACUAUUCUGACAUCAAUUGGCGGUGGGUUGCUAACACACUUUCAUCCUACAAUAUCCUCUGCCUCGUGGAUUGGGUACCAGGCACUCGUUGGCUUCGGAAUCGGUGUCGGCUGGCAACAGCCCAUUGUUGCAGUACAAGCCGCUGUUAGUAUCGAUGAUGUGCCUAUUACCACGGCUGUCUUAUCCUUUACGCAGACCAUCGGCGGCUCACUCUUCGUCAGCAUUGCACAAACGGCCUUUUCCAAUGCACUUGUACGGGACUUUCAUACCAGAUUGCCUGAUUUGGAUCCUGCUUCUAUUUUAGACUACGGAGCCACAUAUUUGGCACGUCAUGUCCCUGGCCAGUACCUGAGUUCGGUGAUAGAAAUGUACUCAGACGCUCUUGUGCAUUGUUUCAUCGUCGCGACGGCCAUGGCAGCACUAUCCAUUACUGGCGGAUGUUUCGUUGAGUGGAAGGACAUCAACGGAAAAAAGGAAACUACAGCAUAG